AUGGCAGAUGCAGGUUUCGUUGAAACCCUAGACAGAGAACAGGAGAAGGAGUGUUAUGUUAUGGUGAACAGGCCGAGAAUGGGCCGCCGCAAAAUCGAAAUAAAGAAGAUCAACGACCAAGACGCACGCCAGGUCUGUUUCUCGAAACGCCGAGCUGGGCUAUUCAAGAAGGCCUCAGAGCUCUGCAUCCUAUGUGGUGCUGAGGUGGCGGUCAUCGUGUUCUCGCUAGCUGGCAAGGCUUACACUUUUGGCCACCCAUGUGUUGACUCGGUUCUUGACCGUUUCCACCGCCACCAAACCAGUGGGCCCACCGGGCCCACCCCAGGGAUGAGUGGGCCCACUCAUGGGCUUGUAUGCGAAUAUGCUGAGCUCCAACGCCAAUUAGAGCUGGAGAAGAAGAAGGGGGCUUCCUUAGCCAAAAAGACCCGACAAGAACAUCCAGGGCCAUUGGGCCAGCAACAAUUUUGGUGGGAUGCUGACCUGCAGAGCUUGUGCAAUUACCAACUUGAGCAAUUUCUCAGUGCCUUGCUCGAACUCAAGGCUAAGGUGGACAAGCGAGCCAUAGAGCUCACGUGCGGACAACCUGGAGGCGGAGCCCACGGGUUUGCGUGGGUCCCGCCACCGGCGACGGCCAUGAAGAGCUAUGGAGGGCAAGACUACUUUAUGAAGCUGAUGUAUGGUGACACUACACCACACUAG